CGCGCCCCGCCCCGUCAUUGUCCCCAACGUUGUGCCGCUGCUCUCCAAGUUGGACCCAAAUUGCAGGCUUUCUCUCCCGGCGCCAGUUGCAUCGUUUCGGUGGGUCCGACGAGCAGGAUGGAGGGCUGCUUGGAAGAGGAAUCCUUUCAGAUGUGGGAACUGAACCGACGCCUGGAAGCCUAUCUGGCCCGGGUCAAGGCGUUGGAGGAGCAGAAUGAGAUGCUGAGCGCGGAACUCCGAGGGCUGCGGCGCGCCCGGUCCGGGGAUGUCUCCUGGAGGGCCCGUGCAGACGAAGAGCUAGUGGCUCUGCGAGCACUGUUGGAGGAGCGCUGGAGGGAGAAGCAAGCAGCCGAGGUGGCUCGAGACAACCUGGCGGCCGAGGCUGAGGGCGUGAUGGGCCGGUGGCAGAAGCAGCGGGAGGCCCGGGAGCGCACCGAGGCGGUGGUGGCUUGCAGCCGGCGUGCCCUGGAGGACGAACAGCGUGCCCACGCCUGGCUCCGCGCGCAGGUGGCCGAGCUGGAGGCCGAACUCGAGGCCCGGCGCGCUGCGCACGACGAGGAGCGCGCGGGGCUGAACGCGCGGGUGGUGGCCUGUGUCCCCCGGUGCCCGGCGAUGCCCUCCGCGCCCUCCGUGCCCACCCCGGAGCUGGAGGAGUUGGCCCGACGGCUGGGCGAGGCCUGGCAGGGGGCUGUGCGCGACUACCAGGAGCGUGUGGCCGACCUGGAGGCGUCCCUGGGGCAGGCCCGGGAGCGUCUGGGCCAGGCGGUGCAGAGCUCACGCGAGGGUCGCCUGGAGCUGCAGCAGCUCCGGACCGAACGCGGGGGUCUCCUGGAGCGCAAGGCCGCGCUGGAGCAGAGAGUGGACGGCCAGUGGCAGGAGCGACUGAAGGCCACCGAGAAGUUCCAGCUGUCUGUGGAAGCGCUGGAGCAGGAGAAGGAGAGCCUGCAGAAGCAGAUUGCCCAGAUCCUGGAAGGUCGGCAGCAGCUGGCACACCUCAAGAUGUCACUCAGCCUGGAGGUGGCUACAUACAGGACCCUUCUAGAGGCAGAGAAUGGCCGACUACAGCCUACUGGGGCGGGGUCCAAGGCUGCUCUGAGUUUCCCCGGUCCCAAGCUGGAGCUGCAUUUUCCUGGGACCCCAGGGGGGCGGCAUGUGGGGGGACCUCUUCCCUCCAUCCUCAGCCCCUCUGUCCUUUCCUCACCUUUGCCUGACACCCUCAACACACCUGUGCCAACCUUCCUAAAGAGCCAGGAAUUCCUCCAGGCCCGCACCCCUACCUUGGCCAGCACCCCCAUCCCACCCACCCCUCAGGUCUCCUGCCCCCCCGCAGCAGAGACCGUACUCAGAGAUGCCCCUCUUUCCCCAUCACCAAAGCUGCAGCCACAGGUGGGCAGGCAGCAGGCACUGGAGGCUCCACAGGUUGAUACCAAGCCAGCUAUCCCUGCCAGCUUUCUGACAGGGCCAGAAGAGCCUGGGGGUGAGCAGCAAGAGGCCAGAUCAGGUCCAUCCCCCCCGGAUUCCAAUUCCAUGGCCUCACCUCUCAGCCUGGAUAUCCCUAGUGUAGAGGCCAAAGAGGAAGAGCCCAGUGGGUUUAGCGUUCCCAGCAGGAUCCAGGAGGAAGGGGAAGGGCUUGUCUGGGAGCUGGCAGAGAAGGAAACAGCACUGGAGGUCCAAAGGGUGAGCAGCCUGCAGCAGGAAGUGUGGCAAAACAAGGGGGAUCUGGGUCUGAAGGAAACCCAGGAGCCCGGAGAAGAGACUGCAGGGUCUCUGGAACAGGAAAUACAAGAGCCACUGGUGGGGAAACAAGACCAUGAAACUCUGUCCUUGGAGGAAGAGGAUCAAGAACCUCUGAGAGUUUCUGAAGACCCCUGCAAAACGCUUCGAGACCUUGACACGGAUAAUUGGGAGCCGCUGACGUCUUUAGAAGAAAAGGAUGGAGAAUCGAGUUCUGGAGAAAAAGGGACACUCGCAUUCCACUUGUCUUCAGAAAACGAGGCCCCACAGAAGUUGCUGUCUCUUGAUGAGGACCAGGAAGGAACAAGGUCCCAUGAAGAUGAUCUGGAGACACUCUGGGGUCCAGGGAAGGAAAAGCAAGACUUUGUGGGAUCUCUGCAAACAGAGAACCAAGAGUCCCUGAGAGCCCUACAAGAGGGAAGUCAAGAACGUCUGAGUUGUCAGGAAGUAGAGAAUGAACAAGCAGUCUUACCUGCAGCCAAAGAGAACGAGCCACCGAAGAGUCUAGAAGAAGUGGAGCAGAAGAUAUCAGGACCUUUAGGGGUAGAGGAACAGGACCUAGAGACCUGGGCAGCCCAGGAGAAAGAGGAGCAAGAACAACUGAGGUCCCCAGAUGAGGAGAAGCAGCAGGUCUGGGAGACUCCAGAGAAUGAGACUCAAGAACCGCAGAGGAUUUUGGGAGACGAAGACCAGGCGAUGAGAAUGGAGAUGACAGUGUCUCCUGGAGAAGAUGCAGAGCCAUUGAACCCUCUUGAAAAAGUGACUCAAGAAUUAUGGUCCCAGGAGGAAGCAAGUGUAGAGACUGAGAGAGCCACAGAAACAGAGAUGCAAGGACUGCUGGGGUCUGAGAGAGAAGAAAACCCACAGACUGUCCUAUCUCCAGAAACACAAGAGUCCAAGUGGUCUCUAGAAGAAUUGAGUCAGGAGACAGUGAAGCCUGAGGAAAAGGAGGUUCAAGAUCCACUGGGGUCUGUGGAGAAAAAACAAGAGCCACAGAGUGCCCUAGACCAGCAGGAUGAGGAACCCCAAAAACUGCAGGCAGAAGGUGGCUCAGAGGCUUUGAGCUCUCCAGAAGAGUCCGAGGAGGAAGGGGCUCAAGGCCUGGAAGAGAAAGUGACACCGGAGCAGAGGGAGGGUCUGGGGUCACCUAUGUGUCCAGAGGAGGAACCGCCUCUGCCUGCAGCUCAGAAUCUGCAGAGAUGGGAGGAGAUGGGAGGAGAAGAAGAGGAAGCUACUGGAAGGGCCGGAGUAGACAGUGAGAAUGGGGCAGAACUGGAUCAGAGGGAGGGCCUGGCAGGAAAGGAAUCUAUGGAGCAGAAAGAGCUGCCCAUGCCUGCUACAGAGGGGCCCUGGAACACAGAAGAGGGUCACCUUGGGAGCCCAGGGCCAGAAGAGCAGCCCACCCAGGAAGCCCACCAGGAGGGAGGCACUGAGGGGCCACCAUCAGGGCCCUUGGAUCUUGCUGCUCCCGAGGGAUUGUCAGAGGACAUGGGGCCAGAGUGGGCCAAUGAGGAAGUCACAUGGGAGGCAGAGGCAGCGGUAGGGGAGACUGCAGUGGGUGCAGAGCAGGAGCAGGAGCUGAGGGAUCUUGGCUUGGGGGAUGCAAGUCACCAGGCCAAGGAGGAAGCGGAAGAGAAAAGUCUGGAGGGAAAAAGGGUGCCAGACUUGGAAGAACCCAGAGAAGAUUUAGGGGCUGCAGCUGCUUUGGAGCCUAGGUCCUCUCUACUGCUCGGGAAGGGCUGGGACCCCACUGACACUCCUGAGGGCUGGGAGGAGUCUAUACCCAUAGGCCAGGAACUGGGUGAUGUCCCUCAAUCUGGGUUUACAGGGUUUGAGGCUGUGCAGGAAACUGCCAAAGCAGGGUCUAUGGAGCUCUUGUCUCCUACUGAGGUCCCCCAAGACAGUCUUGGGCCUCAGACCUGGGCAGAAGGGGAACAGGAGGCAUGCGGAGGGCUGGAGGGCAAGAAUGAAGAUGAUCUGGAGGUGGGCAGUGAGCUGGGCUCUGGGGGGCUCCUGGAAGAAAGGGAGGACAGCGGGGACGAGAGCGAGGCUGACGAGCUCGGGGAGACUCUCCCUGACUCCACUCCCCUGAGCCUCCAUCUUGGCUCCCAGGCCUCCCCACACUGGGGCCUGGCUGGAGAGCAGAUGCCAUCACCUCUGAGAGAUGACCAGCUCCCAGUUGUCCUGGCCCACCAAAACCUGGGGAGCCAGCCUUGGGAGGAGGUGCAGCAGGAGAAGGAUGAAGAGGAGGAAGGUGGCUGUGGUUCUGAGCUGGCAGAAGACUUUGAGGACCUGGCCACUGAGGCUUCUCUCCACCCGGGGAUUCCCAGGGACCCCACAGACCCUGAAAGCCAGGCGCCCCUGCCGGAGCCUGCAGCCUGGGAGGGUAAUGAAUCUGACGGGUUUGCUGAUGAGGAGGAGAGUGGGGAGGAAGGGGAUGAGGAGAGUGGGGAGGAAGACAGUGAAGAGGAGGGAGAGGAGGAGGUGGACCAAAGGGAACCCAGGGCUUCUGAUGGGGGCCCUGAGAGAGGGAGCCCCCUUGAGUCUGGGGGCCUGGAUAUGGGUGUCCCAGGGGAAACAGGCUGGGGGGACGCUGAGACAUCAGACUCAGAGCAGGAUUCUGACCCUGCACCCUCAGGGAGGGCCCCCCAGCUCCUCAAGGUGGGACAGGUGGACUUAGAGGCUGGGGUGCCCCUAGGGGUGAAUGGGCAGGGCACCAGCUUGCAGGAGGAGCUGGAGCAUGUGAAUGGGAGUGCGAUGAAUGGGUUGGAGCUAUCCAAGGAGGGGAACCAGGGGAAAUUGGGGACUUCUCCAGGAGACCACCCUGGGAGUCCUUUGGAGGAGGCAGGGAGCACCCUGAAGACCCCUUGGACAGGGACUCCCCUCCAUCUGGGCCCAAGGCAGUUUUUGCAGUUCACGCAGAGGGAGGAGGACGGAGAUUCCUGGUCCUCGGGGGAGGACUGAGGCAAGUCCUGGCUGGGCCCUAGAUGGGGAGGCUGUACCCCAACAUGAACUCUUGACCUGUGGCUUCCUUCUGAGGGGCCUGAGCAGCCAAGGUGAAAUGGGGUGUGGCCAGGGGACUGUUUCAGACAAGGGGGAACCCCAAGACUAUAGGUAGCCUUUCAGAUCCUACAGAGGGGUCUCCCAGCCCAUUUGCUUGCUCUCCUUCAGCUGUCAGUCAGUAGAGGCCAGGCCUGAGCCUGGUGGGUG